AUGGCGGAUAGUUCCGCUUUAAACGCCCAAAUAAUUCGUGGACUUAACGAUAGGGUUUAUGAGAAGCGAAAGGCUGCGGCGCUAGAACCUUCAUUUCCUAAUUUUAGAUUAAUUCGUGAAUACAUCGCUAAUAAAGAACCCGACAAAAUCAAGGCUAUUCUUAACAAGCUUGUUUCCGAUUUUGCAUGUUCGCAGCAAGCAAAUUCACGUAAUGGAGGUCUGAUAGGUUUGGCUGCCGCGUCAAUAGCGUUGGAGGAAAUUGUUCCACCUGUCCUUGCUUGUUUUGCUGAUCAAGAUUCACGCGUAAGAUAUUAUGCUUGCGAAAGCAUGUAUAAUAUCGCUAAGGUGUCUAAAGGUGAAAUAUUACGCUAUUUUAAUGAAGUGUUUGAUGCGAUGAAUUCCGAAGUUUCUGUCAAAAAUGGAACCGAACUUUUGGAUAGAUUGAUUAAGGAUAUCGUUGCUGAACAGUCUACUACAUAUGUAUCCGCUUUGGUCCUUGCAUCUAUGUCACAAGAUGAUUCAACGGAACCAGUUACAAUGCCACGAACUACUGCCUUCUCGUUACCUCGGUUCAUUCCACUUCUUGCUGAGCGCAUUCACGCAAAAAAUCCUUUCACGCGUAACUUUUUGGUAUCGUGGAUUACUGUGCUAGAUUCAAUUCCAGAUCUUGAACUUGUGUCAUUUUUGCCUGAUUUUUUGGAUGGACUACUACGAUUUUUAAGUGACCCAAAUAAGGAUAUAAGAAACGCUACAUCUUCUAUACUGGCGAAUUUUUUGGCUGAAAUACGUGAAGCAUUCGAAGUUAAGGAACAUCAAAAACAGCAAGCAAUGAAGAGUUUUUUUGUCGAACAACAACGUAAAAUGGCCGUUUCAUCAGAGACUGCUAGUGAUGCUGGUGAGAGUGUGAAAGAUGGGAGCACGAAAGGCGAUAGUGACGAUACAACACUGGGUCCUAAUUCGGUAGAUGGGAUCAUUAGUUGGGACGCUAUCUCAUUAAGUGAAACUGAAGGAAGAGGAAAAGGUUCAUGGGUGCCAGGUCAAGGUGUUAUAAUUAAUUAUGACAGAAUUGUUCAAAUUUUAAUGGAUCAUUUAUGUUCUUCAG